AUGGCACUUGGAUCUAACAUAGGCAUCAUGGAAGGCGCUUUCUUCGUCGGAAAGACUGAGCUUCUUAACUGGGUCAAUGAUUUAUUGCAGCUAAACAUCACGAGGGUUGAACAAAUGGCGACCGGGGCAGCAUAUUGCCAAAUUAUUGAUGCGGUAUUCCCAGGAAGUAUCAAGCUUAGCAAAGUAAACUGGCAAGCCAAGUAUGAUCACGAAUAUGCACAAAAUUUUAAGCUGCUGCAGCAGGCUUUUGAAAAGAAUAGAGUUGAUAAAUAUAUUGAAGUAGAAAAAUUGAUCAAAGCUAGAUCACUUGACAAUUUAGAGUUUUUACAGUGGUUUAAGCGCUUUGUAGACUUGAAUUUUAGAGGUGGAGAUUAUCCAGCUGUAGAAAGGAGACAUGGAGCAAAAACUCCUUGGGAUAUUGAAGGAAGCGCUCCUCAUGGAGAAGUAAAAAGGGCUCAUGCAUCUCCGCCUGCAAGAGCUGCUGUGUCACCACCAACAAGAACUCCAAAAAAUAAUGAAAACGCACUUAAAAAAGUGGUUCCCAAAAAGCAGUCUAAAGAGGGACACGAAAAUGAGGCAAAGCAAAUCGAAGAGCUAAAGUCACAAAAUGAAUCUAUGGAGAAAGAAAGAGACUUCUAUUAUGGGAAAUUGAGAGCGGUAGAACUGCUAUGUGAUCAUUAUGAUGGACAAGAGAACCCGACUAUCCAUGAAGUUCAGAAAAUUUUGUUUGCAACUGAUGAAGAAACUGUAGCAGUUAAUGAUGAUGGGACAGUGAGCGUGACUCCAAUUCGUCACGAUUAA